AUGGCGGCGAGAUCACCAUCCAUCAUUCGUCGCUCCCUCCUCUACGUCCCGGGCUCCUCCCAGAAGAUGCUCACAAAGUCUCUGGGCCUCCACUCCGACAACGUCACCUACGAUCUGGAAGACUCCGUCACGCCGGGCCUCAAGCCUCAAGCCCGCGACAACCUGCGCGCCCACAUCUCCAGUCUCCAGACCCGCCCGACCUCAAUCGCAGAGCUCGCCGUCCGAAUCAACGCCGUAUCCACGCCGUACGCCCUCGCCGACCUCUCCGUCCUAGCCCCGCUACCCCACGUUGACGCUGUCGUCGUCCCAAAGGUCAACUCAGCGGCCGACCUCACCUUCGUCACCGACGUCCUGCGGCAUGUCGCCCCUGACCGCCAUGCCACGGAUGAUGCUCCCAACCCCAUCAAGAUCAUCGCUCUCAUCGAGUCGGCUCGCGCUGUCAUGGAUCUGCCUGCUAUUUGCAAGGCGUCGCCCUACCUAAGCGGCUUCAUCUUCGCAGCUGAGGACUUCGCUCUUGAUCUGUCUUUGACGCGCACUCCCUCUUUGACCGAGUUCCUCUACGCUAGGUCAGCUAUUGUUACUGCCGCUCGUGCCGCCGAGUUACCCAGCGCCAUCGACCUGGUUUGUACCUCGUACCGAGGAGACGAGGGUAUCAGGACGCUCGAGGAAGAAUGCGCCGGCGGCAAGGCUCUGGGCUUCAAUGGAAAGCAGUGUAUACACCCGAGCCAGGUCGAAGCUGUUCAGCGCAUGUUUGCUCCUGACCAAAAAGAGGUUGAGUGGGCCGUGAGAGUCUCCAUCGCUGACGAAAAGGCCGACGUCUUAGGACGGGGGGCCUGGACACUAGAUGGUAAGAUGAUUGAUGCUCCUGUUGUCGGUAAAGCCAACGCCGUCAUCGCAAAAGCCGAACAAUGUGGAUUUGAUGUACAGAGCUUGCGAGCGAAAUGGCAGGACCAGGAGCCCGAAUAA